GAUCAUUUAGAAAUUCCCAUAUCCCAAUUCCCAACCUUUGAGGUUUUUGCUGGUUCAUUGAUUAGCAAAGAAAGAAGAAGAAGAAGAAGAUAGAAAAAAUCAGUGAAGCAGGAGAAGAUGCCGUGCCUCAACAUUUCUACCAACGUUAAUCUCGACGGUGUUGACACUUCCGCCAUUCUUUCCGACGCUACUUCCUCUGUCGCCGAUCUCAUCGGAAAACCUAAAGCUUAUGUUAUGGUGGUGCUCAAAGGAUCAGUGCCCAUGGCAUUUGGCGGAUCUGAACAGCCUGCAGCAUAUGGUGAGCUUGUUUCCAUUGGAGGACUUAACCCUGACACGAACAAGAAAUUGAGUGCUGCGAUUGCCUCCAUCCUCGAGAGCCAGCUGUCUGUUCCUAAAAACCGUUUCUUCCUCAAAUUCUAUGACACCAAGGACCAUCCAAUUCAAGAACAUGCACAGUGUUUGCAUGCUUUACACCAGUGCUAGCCAGUAAUAGAACAUGGUUCCUUUUUUGGAUGGAAUGGAACCACCUUCUAAAAGGAUGUAUGGUUGAAGGAUACUAUUAUCUAUGUCUUCAAGUUUGCCGCUAGCUGGAGCUUGAAUCGUGGAGCUAUUUCUGUUCUUACCUGGUAGUAGAAUAUUAUGUAGCCUUGUGGUUCAAUUAAUGAAAUGAUACUAUAAUUAACAUUGCCCCUCAUAUUAGAACCUCUGUUAUGAAGUUGUUAAUGUUAGUACUUGCCCUUAUAAGUCCGAUUCGCGAACCAGCAGAAGUGUAAGUAACCCAUAGCUUAGUCUUCACUGGAGCCACAAUGAGCAAUUGAUCAUUGUAAGUGCACUCUUUGAAGGUAUAUUUGGCUUGUUUUUCAAUAAUUGGCUGCAGAUUGGUUUGCUCGACAA